GUUUCUACACAGGGUGGCUCUUGCCUGCUGCAGUGGUGGGGACGGUGGUGUUCGUUGCAGGCAUUUUCCUGAUGUUCAGUGAUGUACCUUCGCAGGAGAUCUGCGCAAGCGAAGAGCAGUACUGGAUGUGUCCCCUCUGCAAGACCUGUCCCUACUGGCAGCUCUCCAAAAUGUGCAGAACAUUCAUGGCAGGACGGCUCUUUGACCAUGGUGGGACCAUCUUCUUCAGCAUCUUCAUGUCCCUGUGGGCAGUGCUGUUCCUGGAGUUCUGGAAGCGAACCAAUGCAUCCCUGGCUCACCACUGGGACUGCUUUGAGUUCGAGGACAUUGAGGAGAGGCCACGGCCCCAGUUCACGGCCAUGGCUCCCAUGACGAUAAUAAAUCCUGUAACGGGUGCGGAGGAGCCAUAUUUCCCCAAGAGCAGCCGCCUCCACCGGAUUUUGGCUGGUUCGAUGAUCAUUAUAAUGAUGAUUGCCAUGGUGGUGAUGUUUGUGGUCUCCGUUAUCCUCUACCGGGCCGUGGUUGCCAUCCUCCUCUCCAGCUCAGGGUACUUCUGGUUUGUGGCUUCGGCAUCCCGCAUUGCCAGCAUCACUGGCUCAGUGGUGAACCUCAUCAUUAUCCUCAUCCUCUCCAAGAUCUAUACUUCCCUGGCUCAUUUCCUCACCAAGUGGGAGAUGCACCGCACCCAGACCAAGUAUGAGGACGCCUUCACCUUCAAAGUGUUCAUCUUCCAGUUUGUCACCUUCUACUCCUCUCCCAUUUACAUCGCCUUCUUCAAGGGCAAGUUUGUUGGCUAUCCCGGGAACUACCUGAGCUUUCUGGGGGUCCGCAACGAGGAGUGCAGCCCAGGUGGGUGCUUCAUCGAGCUGGCGCAGGAGCUGCUGGUCAUCAUGGUGGGGAAGCAGAUCAUCAACAACGUGCAGGAGGUGGCCAUCCCGAAGCUGAAGUGCUGGUGGCACAAGCACAAGCUUUUCUCCACCAAGAAGGAGGAUGAGGAGGGGACGUCAGUCCCGGUGGAGCAGGCACCCUGGGUGAUGGACCACCAGCUGCUGGUGUUCGAGGGGCUGUUUGACGAGUACCUGGAGAUGGUUCUGCAGUUUGGCUUCAUCACCAUCUUUGUGGCGGCCUGUCCCCUGGCGCCCCUCUUUGCUCUGCUCAACAACUGGGUGGAGAUCCGCCUGGAUGCCCACAAGUUCAUCUGUGACUACCGGCGCCGCACCGCCUCCGCCUCCGAUUUCCUGCCCCGUAUGUACUACGAGUAUGUCCACGACAGCAGCCUGCGCGGCUACGUGAACUUCACCUUGGCGUACGCACCGUGGGACUUUGUCCUGCAGAGCAACAUCACGUGCAG